UGUGUGUCGCAUGGACGAUAGUGUCAAAGUCACGGCAGUGACGAUGUGGGUAUUUGGGCAAUAACGGUUAAGAGCUGUGGUCGAAGGCAGUGGACCAAACACAAACCAGAGCUGUGGUACGCGUUGCUGAGUUCUGAAAAGAACCAGAAAAGGCACCAGAAAAGUACACAGUACCGAAAACUGUUUAGAAACUCAAGGAGGAGGGGUCAUGACUGAUUAGGUCUGGCUGUCAUCAGAAAUACUGGACAAGUUUACUUCGUAAAGACGCAAAGUGCAACAGCGCGAACGUGAUCCCACGCAGGAAGCUCCUGGAGUGCACCCGGAUUCCUGGCCUGUAUGAUUGUGGGGGCUGGGAUGGGGAAUGGGGUUCAGGAAGGUCGAGGGGGACUGACACAGGGCGAGGUGCUGCCCCGCCACGCCCCCAGCCAAGCCGAGGGGAUCAAGCAGAGCCACUCGGUCAUCAGCUCUCUGUUCUCGGGGGCACUCGCCGGCGCUGUCGCCAAGACCUCUGUGGCCCCACUGGACAGAACUAAGAUCAUUUUCCAAGUGUCUUCAAACAGAUUCUCUGCCAAGGAGGCCUACAGGCUCAUCUACCACACCUACCGGAAAGAUGGCUUCUUCAGCCUCUGGCGGGGGAACUCCGCCACCAUGGUGCGGGUCAUCCCCUACGCCGCCAUUCAGUUCUGCGCCCACGAGCAGUACAAGAGGCUUCUGGGAGGCUACUACGGCUUCCAGGGAAAAGCCCUGCCCCCGUUCCCCCGGUUUCUGGCGGGAUCGCUGGCCGGAACCACGGCCACCAUGCUGACCUACCCACUGGACAUGGUCCGCGCGAGGAUGGCCGUCACCCCCAAAGAGAUGUACAGCAACAUCCUUCACGUCUUUGUGCGGAUCUCCCGCGAGGAGGGCCUGAAAACGCUGUACCGCGGGUUCGCCCCCACCAUCCUGGGGGUCAUCCCCUACGCGGGGCUCAGCUUCUUCACCUACGAGACACUGAAGAAGCUCCACACAGAGAACAGCGGGCGCGCGCACCCCUACUCGUACGAGCGGCUGGCGUUCGGGGCCUGCGCCGGGCUCAUCGGCCAGUCCGCCUCCUACCCGCUGGACGUGGUGCGGCGGCGCAUGCAGACGGCGGGCGUGACGGGGCACACGUACGGCACCAUCGCGGGCACCAUGCGGGAGAUCGUGGCGGAGGAGGGGCUGGUGCGCGGGCUCUACAAGGGGCUGAGCAUGAACUGGGUGAAGGGCCCCAUCGCGGUGGGGAUCAGCUUCACGACCUUCGACCUCCUGCAGAUCCUCCAGCGCAAGCUGCGGCAGCGCGGCUACGUCCAGCGGUACGGGGGACAGUGAGGUGUGGUGGGCAGGUCUCUGGUCUCAGGUCGUGGGUCUGGACCUCUGCAGCAGACACUGCUGUUGUACCCAGAGGGAGGUGCUCCAGCCCACCCAGCUGUGUAAGUGGGGAUCGGUACUGUGGGGGGAUCCCUGUGAUGUGCUGGUGUCCCAUCCAGGGCAUUGGGAGACGUGCUCUCUCGUCCACUUAACGCCAUGGAAACCAGGAUAAGCUCUGGCCGAAAUGAGAUGCUGUGCUUUGGGCAUGGAAAUGACCUCACACUGAUACUUUCUACGAAACUGCAGACGUACCCAUAGCUGAACAUUUACAGAGGAGUAGCUGAAAAAUGAACCUAAGAGUAGUUACAACUGAGAGGAGUUAAUUCAGAUCAUCUGUCUUGUUUAGUUGCACGAUCCUGUGAUGUCAUUCUGGU